AAGGUGUCCUAAUUGACAUGGGAUACUAGGAAAAUAUAGGGAGGAAAAUUUAUAUUUGUGCCCUGAAACCCAUAAACCUUGUUUUGGUUGAGAGCUCCAUGGACACGGAGAUGGGCGGCGCUGAAUCGAAGAAGCCAAUUUGUGCAGAAGAAGAAGAAGAUCCAUGGAAGAGGGAGUUGCCACAGAAAUACUUGGCGAAUGAGAAUCUGUGGAAUGACGACGAUUUUAUCCCCAAAACCGCUUCAAAGGAUAAUCGUGAUUUGUUUCGCAAAAUUUAUGGAAGAUACUUCCGUCAGAUUCUCCAAUCCGAUGGUUUCGACAUUGACAUUUAUCCUGGUGAUGCUAAGGCAGCUAUGUACAUACCAUAUCUGGAUUUUGAGAAAGAAACUGACUUGCUGAUGGAAUUGGCUAACCAUGCUAUUCAGGAUUACAACAAUAACGAAACCAAUGUUUACAAGUACAAAGUUAACUAUGUUGAAACAGUGAACUUUAUUUUGGCUGAAUGUCGUGAAUUUUUCAUGACUGUUAAAGUUAGUAACCUGACUUUGCGUACACCGAUUGAAACUUUUCAAAUCCAUGCAUAUAAAGGACCACACGAGGAGAAUGUUGUCCGUCUUUGUAGAAAAAAGACGUUGAGAUGAUGAGUUGGUUUAUCGGCUAAGCUAAAUUGGAGGAGGCUAGGAAAGAUAGUUGAAACUAUAGUUUUUUAAAUCUUAGAUCGAACCGGUUAUUAUUAAUUAGUUGUAGAAGUAUUUGAUAAAUUUUUAGACGUUGUCCAAUUUAUGUAGUGUUACGUAUAUUGUUCUAGUUUUUUUGAAAUGCAUGAUCAUUCACUAGUCUUUGUGGACAUGGAUGAAGAAAUCAUCUAAGGGAUCUA